UUACAGUUUGUUUCGCUUCUAAGAGGCUCAUUUGUACGUAGAGGCCAUUGUAAACUGUGCGUUACAAAGCUAAAGCCACAGGAAGUGAUUUCAUGCUUUUAUGUGGAGGGGGGUAUAAUUAAGCCUCGUCCCUCACGGACAGCGAGUGUUGUGUGACAGAGAUCAACAAGGCUGACAUUUUUAGGUGAUAUGUCAUAGAACGUCAUGCUUCUGAAAAAAAUCUGCAGGUUGCUUCCUUCUGUUUCGCUGUCUUUCCCAAGACUCAGAGUCCUCCGCCGCAGCAGCAUGGCCUCGGAAUCUGACGCUACCCGCUUCGACUUCCUGGUGAUCGGCGGCGGGUCUGGAGGUCUGGCCGGUGCUCGGCGCGCGGCCGAGCUCGGAGCCAACGCCGCCGUGAUCGAGAGUCACAAACUCGGAGGUACCUGCGUUAACGUUGGCUGUGUUCCUAAGAAGGUUAUGUGGAAUGCAGCUGUUCAUGCAGAGUAUCUACACGACCACUGUGACUACGGCUUUGAGACUGGAAGCGUUCGCUUCAGCUGGGAAGCUCUUAAAGCCAAAAGGGAUGCAUAUAUAGCACAUCUAAAUCGCAUUUAUCGCAACAAUCUAGACAAGGCUAAAGUCACUUUCAUCCAAGGCUACGCCAGGUUCACAGAUGAUGCUGAGCCCACCGUGGAGGUCAACGGGAAAAAAUACACAGCGCCUCACAUCCUCAUCUCCACUGGAGGGCAGCCUUCUGUUCUGAGUGAUGAGGAAGUUCCAGGGGCAAGCCUGGGCAUCAACAGUGAUGGCUUCUUUGAACUGGAGACCCUCCCAAAGCGCAGUGUGAUUGUGGGUGCUGGUUAUAUUGCUGUGGAAAUGGCUGGCAUUCUGUCCACCCUGGGCUCCAAAACCUCCCUUAUUAUCCGACAGACAGGAGUUUUGAGAAACUUCGAUGCCUUGAUCAGCGCCAACUGCACCAAAGAAAUCCAGAACAACGGCAUUGAUCUGUGGAAGAACUCCCAGGUGAAGUCUGUGUGUAAAACGGAGAAAGGCCUGGAGGUGACCAUCGUCACCAAAGACCCGGACAAGACCAACGAUGAGAAGAUCAGCGUCAUUGAGGAGGUGGACUGCCUUCUGUGGGCCAUCGGGAGGCAGCCCAACACGGCCGGUCUCAACAUCGGUGCCAUGGGCGUGGACACCGACGACAGAGGACACAUCAUCGUGGACGAUUUCCAGAACACCACUCGAUCUGGCAUCUAUGCUGUGGGAGAUGUUUGUGGCAAAGCUCUACUCACGCCUGUUGCCAUUGCUGCAGGCAGAAAGCUGGCACACAGACUGUUCGAGGGCAAGAAGGACUCCAAGUUGGACUACUCCUGCAUUCCCACAGUGGUUUUCAGUCACCCGCCCAUCGGUACUGUGGGCCUCACAGAGGAGGAGGCCGUCAAAACCAAAGGGAAGGAGAAUGUAAAGAUCUACAAGACCUCUUUUACUCCGAUGUAUCAUGCCAUCACACGCAGGAAGAGUCAAUGUAUCAUGAAGCUGGUGUGUGUGGGCAAGGAGGAGAAGGUGGUGGGCCUGCACAUGCAGGGCCUGGGCUGUGAUGAGAUGCUGCAAGGGUUUGCCGUUGCCAUCAAAAUGGGCGCCACUAAGGAAGACUUUGACAAGACGGUCGCCAUCCACCCCACCUCAUCCGAGGAGUUUGUGACGAUGCGUUAAAGCGAAUACAAUCUCCGCGCCUCCCCUGUUUCCUUCAGUCAGCAGCCAAGACAAACACAGCAGGAAAGAGUCACCUCACAUAAGCUUGACCACUUGCUUUAUGAAACUCAUUGCACACUUCCAUUUCCUCUCAUUUAAGUGACCUUUUUUGUAUCAAUUGUUUUUUCUACUUUAUCUCUACGGACCAAGAGCAAAGUAUGGUCCCCUUAGACUUUACUGUGGGUCUUGAGUCAUGAUUGUACACUCUGGAUUCCAUUUGAAUGAGUGAAACGGAAGUGAUGAUUCACCAGCACUUGUUGGAUUGCUUUGGGGGGGUCAGGUAACCUCUCUCCUUGUGUUUGUGUUUGACUUGUCAGUCAUUUGUUAAAUGAUCUUAUAAAACGGAUGCUUUGAGGCACCAAUUUAUUACCAAAAAAAUAACAUACAUCGUUUUAAACUCUAAUAAAGCUGCAACUUUUUUCCAAA